AGAGGGGUCUGGAACCUGACCAAGGGGUGUCAAUGACCCUGUCGGUUGCUGCCCAUCAGCAAUGAAAGGGUUAUCGGGCAGCCGCAGCCAUCACCACGGAGUCACCUGUGAUUCUGCCUGCGAUUCACUCUCGCACCACUCAGACCGCAAGCCAUACUUACUGAGCCCAGUGGACCACCACCCGGCUGACCAUCCCUACUACACGCAGCGCAACUCCUUCCAGGCUGAGUGCGUGGGCCCCUUCAGCGACCCGCUGGCCAGCAGCACCUUCCCACGGCGGCAUUACACCUCACAGCAGGAGCUGAAGGACGAGUGCGCCCUGGUGCCCCGCACCCUGGCCACCAAGGCCAACCGCAUUCCUCCCAAUCUCCUGGAUCAGUUUGAAAGGCAGCUGCCUCUCGGCCGAGAUGGCUACCACACGCUGCAAUACAAGCGCACGGCUGUGGAACAUCGCAGCGACAGCCCCGGCCGCAUCCGGCAUCUGGUCCACUCGGUCCAGAAGCUCUUCACCAAGUCUCAUUCUCUGGAGGGGCCUUCCAAGGGCAGCGUCAAUGGGGGCAAAGCUAGCCCAGACGACACUCAGACCAUGAGAUACACCAAGCGCAGCAAGAGCAAGGAGCGGCGUGCUGAGCCCAAAGCACGCUCCAACGUCUCCCCUGGGUGGUGGAGCUCGGAUGACAACCUGAACGGCGACAUGUGCAUCUACCACACCCCUUCGGGUGUGAUGACCAUGGGCAGGUGCCCUGACCGCUCUGCCUCGCAGUACUUCAUGGAAGCCUACAACACUAUCAGUGAGCAGGCGGUGAAGGCAUCCCGGAGUAACAAUGAUGUCAAGUGUUCCACCUGUGCCAACCUGCCUGUCAGUCUAGAUGCCCCGCUCCUGAAGAAGAGUGCCUGGUCCUCAACUCUGACUGUGAGCCGAGCCCGGGAGGUUUACCAGAAAGCCUCUGUGAACGUGGACCAAGCGCUGGUGAAGGCCGAGUCUUGCCAAAAAGAACGUUCCUGCCAAUACCUUCAGGUUCCUCAAGAUGAGUGGUCAGGAUAUACUCCUCGAGGUAAAGAUGAUGAAAUUCCAUGCCGAAGAAUGCGGAGUGGCAGCUAUAUCAAGGCCAUGGGGGAUGAAGACAGUGGUGACUCUGACACAAGUCCCAAGCCUUCUCCCAAAGUUGCUGCAAGAAGAGAAAGCUAUCUCAAGGCCACCCAGCCAUCCCUUACAGAACUCACCACACUCAAGAUUUCCAAUGAACAUUCUCCUAAACUCCAGAUCCGGAGCCACAGUUACCUGAGGGCAGUCAGUGAAGUCUCCAUCAACCGGAGCCUGGACAGCCUGGACCCUGCAGGCCUGCUCACAUCACCCAAGUUCCGCUCGAGGAAUGAGAGCUACAUGCGAGCCAUGAGCACCAUCAGCCAGGUGAGCGAGAUGGAAGUGAACGGCCAGUUCGAGUCCGUGUGCGAAUCCGUGUUCAGCGAACUGGAGUCUCAGGCCGUGGAAGCACUGGACCUUCCGGUGCCGGGCUGCUUCCGCAUGCGGAGCCACAGCUACGUGCGGGCCAUCGAGAAGGGCUGCUCCCAGGACGACGAGUGCGUGUCCCUGCGGUCCUCAUCCCCACCCCGCACCACCACCACGGUGAGGACCAUCCAGAGCAGCACCGUGUCAUCUUGCAUUACAACAUAUAAGAAGACACCACCUCCAGUCCCACCCAGAACUACCACGAAACCUUUCAUUUCUAUCACAGCCCAGAGUAGCACAGAGUCUGCCCAGGAUGCCUACAUGGACGGACAGGGCCAGCGAGGAGACAUUAUCAGCCAGUCUGGACUCAGCAACUCCACAGAGAGUCUGGACAGUAUGAAGGCUCUCACAGCCGCCAUCGAAGCAGCAAACGCCCAGAUCCACGGCCCCGCGAGUCAACACAUGGGCAAUAACACGGCCACUGUCACCACCACUACCACCAUAGCCACGGUCACGACAGAGGACAGAAAGAAGGAUCACUUUAAGAAAAAUAGAUGCCUGUCUAUUGGGAUACAGGUUGAUGAUACUGAAGAACCUGACAAAGCAGGAGAGAAUAAAGUGCCCAGUAAGUUCCAGUCUGUAGGAGUUCAAGUAGAAGAAGAGAAGUGCUUCCGCAGGUUCACGCGAUCCAACAGUGUGACCACAGCAGUACAGGCUGACCUGGAUUUCCAUGACAAUCUGGAAAAUUCUCUGGAAUCUAUAGAGGACAACUCAUGUCCCAGCCCAAUGGCCAGACAGUUUUCCCGAGAUGCCAGCACCUCGACAGUUAGCAUUCAGGGCUCAGGAAACCAUUAUCAUGCCUGUGCAGCCGACGAUGACUUUGAUACAGAUUUUGACCCUUCUAUUCUGCCUCCCCCGGACCCUUGGAUUGACUCUAUUACUGAAGAUCCUCUGGAGGCUGUUCAAAGGUCAGUGUGCCACCGAGAUGGCCACUGGUUUCUGAAGCUUCUUCAGGCAGAGCGAGCCCGCAUGGAAGGGUGGUGCCAACAGAUGGAGAGAGAAGAGCGGGAAAGCAAUCUGCCAGAGGACAUUCUAGGGAAAAUCCGAACCGCAGUGGGCAGUGCCCAGCUUCUCAUGGCCCAGAAAUUCUACCAGUUCAGAGAACUGUGUGAAGAAAACCUGAAUCCUAAUGCUCAUCCAAGGCCCACCUCCCAGGAUUUGGCGGGGUUUUGGGACAUGCUGCAGUUGUCCAUAGAAAAUAUUAGUAUGAAAUUUGAUGAACUUCAUCAGUUAAAGGCCAAUAAUUGGAAACAGAUGGAUCCUCUUGACAAGAAGGAGAGAAGGGUCCCUCCUCCAGUGCCAAAGAAGCCGGCGAAGGGCCCCGCGCCGCUGAUCCGGGAGCGCUCGCUGGAGAGCUCACAGCGCCAGGAGGCCCGCAAGCGCCUGAUGGCCGCCAAGCGCGCUGCGUCCGUCCGCCAGAACUCGGCCACCGAGAGCGCUGAGAGCAUCGAGAUCUACAUCCCCGAGGCGCAGACCCGGCUCUGAGGCCUGUCCCUGAGCCCCGUCCCGUCACCACCGAGCGUCUGUCCGCCUCUCUCCUCCUCUCCUUUCUCAGCCCUCCGCCUCUCUCCUCCUCUCCCCAUGAGUGAAGUCCACUGCUGUGGUGUAGUUGUCAAUUGAAACCCCGGCUCCCAGACACAUUCGCCCAUGUUCUUCACCGAGCUUUGAUCCCAGUCCUGAUGCUGUCGCCCUGCCUCAUACAGAUACACGACCCUUUCUUUUCUUGACAAAACCAAACACACCUGUAUAGAAAUGGCACCUUUAGGUCCUGCGCCAUCCUCGGUUCUCUAAAGCUAGUCUGUUCCUAGAGCUCAGCAAUAUCAAACCAUAGGGUAUUUCAGAAAUCCAGUAUCACAGGGUGAUCCUUUGGGACUCCACAGUCUUCCACCUGAGAGAAACUAGGGCUUGGACUCCCUUUUUUUCCCUAAAAGGUUUAUUAUUUUUCAAAGCAGAUGGAGCACUUUAUUUCCAACCUCAGAAAAUCACACCAUCUCACCGGAAAUAAGGAAUAACACACAGCGCGUGCAAUAAGACAGCUCGGGGAUGGGGGACCUAGCUGUGUAGUUUGAGGGGGGCGGCAGGGGUUCCUGCGGCCCUCACAGUUGCACAGCCUGCCUCACUGUUGUUUUCAUCAGUCACUGCUUCAAACGUUCAAUCAGCAGAAGAUUGUAAAUUCGAUCUUUCAGGGAAAUCAAUCUAUUCUGAAAGGCAAUAAAAGGAAGAAGGCAAAACAGAAAAAGGAAGCACUGUUGGGUUCAGAUAACACAUAAGGAAUUUUUUUGUCUUUUUAUUAAGAAUACUUAGACCUGAAAUGUCUUAUUCACUUUUUUUGUACUAUGUAUAUUAUGUUGUUGUGCAGUGGUUUUUUAAGGGGGAAAUGUUGGUUCUAUUAAUUUGUGAGUGUCCAACCUGGUGGACCGACCUGAUUAUACACAUUUGCUUGUGAACGGCUGUCAACAGCAGCAAAGCUGUUUUCAGAGAAAACUGUGGGUUUUCCUGUUGUCCCUUCGAAUACUACACAUCCAUCUAUUUUAACCCAGGAGUUCAUAUUUCAGACAUAUUUCCUAUUUUAGUCUCCUCUUGCUACUUACUAUACAGAAUGCUACCAGAUCAAUCCUAUCGUAUCAGUAAGGAUUUUGCCCCAUGUCAAAAUGAUCAGAUAAAAUUUCUACCCCAAUAAACAUGCUGCAUCACUCCAAAGAGCUGUUACUGUCAUCUUGAGGUUCCAGGUAUAAGAAAAGAGAAGGUGACCCGCAGGGAUCAACAACCAUAAGGAGGGAGGAAAGUCCUGAUUCCUAAACACUGAGAGCAAGUCCAGGCUUUUGGCAGAGAAUGUUGCUUUGCAUUUUCCCGGGUAAUGGGCAGUAUGCCCUUUGUAUCUAGCUGCAGUUCUCAUUAAGUGCCCUUCCUCAUAGCAGUUAAAAAACAUUUAGAAAGUAUCACUGGCAUUUUAUGUCCAGCUCACACCCUAAAGCAUUAGAAAUUACCAUGAAAAAAAUGAACAACUUUUAAAAUCAUGCAUAAAAUACUCUUGCACCAGAGAAGCUUUUUAAAAAUACACUCUCAUAGCCAGGUGCUAAUUUAAUUUUGUUUAUGAAAUUAAAAGAGGUGAUGGGUUCUGGUAAGAAAUAUUUUAAUGAACAUGUAAAACCACUUAGGGAAUUCGCUACCUCUCAGAGCUAUUGAUGCUUUGAGCUAUCUUUAUAAACAGGGCGCAAAUGUUUACUGCUGUGGUUUACAAGAAAAGGGCUACUAACUUAUUUGAAAAUCAACCAACUUUUAACUAGGGUGAGCAGUGCACCUGAGUGCUUUGUAAAAUUGGAGCAUACAGAGAUUAUGACCUUCAAGUAUUCGUCAAUUUUUGAAUGAAUACACCUUUUCUUUCCUUUGUAGCAGCAAUGAGCAGUCACAUGGUGUUUGCAUCCAGUAAUGCCAACUGCCACCUUGGGUAGCCUAUGGUUCCAUUAAAUCCUGAAAAAUUACUUGGAACUCACAGAUUAACAGGAAGGGAGCAGCAUCCAAUUGAAGAUUCACGUUCACAACUACAGCUCACUGCCCUGAGGUAGAGUUAGUGUUUGGAUUAAGAAAUGUAUUAAUGAUACUGUUCAAGAUCAUCCUAUAAUAUUUUUUAUUUGGAGGCUGAUUUAACACAGGAUAUUUUCAAGAGAGACAAGUGAAGGCCUAUUUAUCAUGUCUAUAUGAAUGGUAUUUGUAUAUUCAUAAGAUAUUUUUGGUAAGAAUUUUAAAUCUUUUAGCUGAAUGCCUACUUGUUCAUAUUUGAACCGGGCAUCAUGACCUUUGUCUUCCUUAACACAAUUUAAAUUGUACAAACACUUUAUAAAAAAGCUAAUUAUUGAUGUUAAAAAUCAUGGCCCCAAGCAAUGCUGCUUGUUAACCACUUGACCCUUUAAACUAACAUUCAUGAGCAUAACCUUUGUUACAUUGUUCUUUUUGAUGUAAUUUGUAGUAAUGUUUUUUAGUUCACAAUGGAAAAUGUAUGUACCCUGAAAAUUUACUUAUUUUGUUUAACUUUGGUAUAAAGUUGUUGGGCAUUUUCUUGGGGAGGGGGGAAUACAAAAGAAAAGUUUGUCUCCCACGUCAAAAAAACAAAAAACAACAAAAAAAAACAUUCAAAGAAAUUGAGUAUUUAUUAUAUUUUUUGCAGAUGUUUCCAUACAAUUCACAUAACCUUUUUGUAAAGAGAGAUGAAGAAAUGGAUUAAAGAUUUUUAAUAUUUGAAAUGGUAAAUAGAACUAAUUUAUUUGUACUAUAUUUCUGUUAUUUAUAGAUGUUUCCUUGAUGUUUUACUGUGCAUUACCACUUUAAUUUAAGCCUUAUCCUUGUGAAUUUACCAUUUCUUUUUUAAAACAUGUCUAGAUGCAUAUUUUAAAUAACUGGAAUGUAAAUCACUAGCAAAUCUAAAUUCCCAAAUGUAAUUUUUAAAAAUUAUUUUGGUUUGGAUAAAAAAAAAAAAGAUUCAUUUGAAAGCCUUCAGAUGGAGGGUGAGAACAUUUUUAUGGCUUUAUGAAUUGGAAUUUCAUAGGCUUAUUUACCUAGAUUGUGUGUGGACAAAAAAUAAUAAUAAUAACUGUAAAUAGAUGAAUGUUUCCCAUAAUGUAAAAAGAAGAAAUUAAUAAAAUAAUUAAUGCACUGCU